GGUCAUUGAUCAUGUCAGUGAAUUAUCCAUCAAACAUCAUUAUCAUCAUCAUCAAGUUAAUCCUAUUAAUUAUUAUUCUAAUCCAACUAGCAGUUUUAAAACUGAUUCUUUCAUGAUACCAUGUCGUGCAUUAGAUAUGUUUUUAAAAGGUUUAAUGCGUUUAAUUCUAUUAUGGUGGUGUUCAACUAUUCAUUCUUCAUCAAAUACUAUCACUUAUCAUACUAAUACAUCAGAAAAUUCAAUCGAUGAAACUACGGUGAAUGGUAUUUUGGAAUCAAAAGAGAUUAAUGCUUUUCUGGUUGAUCAUCUACAUAUUGCUUUAUCAUUUAACAGUACUUCAUUAUAUUCAAAAAUCUUAUCUAAUACUCGUAUAGAUCUAUCAAAACGUUUUAUUGGUUGUCUAUUGAAUAGGAAAUUAUUUCUUGACAGCACUUUAGGUGCUAAUAUAUUUGCCAAUUUAUCCCAAAUACAACCAGAUCAUGGUACACAACUAAUUUAUCUUCUUUUGGGUUCUAUGAAUGAUCCAUUAUUGAAACAUUCUAUUGGUUUUGAUUCUAUUGAUAAUUCGUUGUUAUCUCAAAUUAUUGAUUUUAUCUGUCCAUAUGGUGGACUCAAAAAGAUUAGCUUAACGCAAUUCAUUCAAGGUUUCAUUAAUUUAGCUUUAUCAAUCCAAACCGAUAUAACAGUUUUUAUAAAUCAACCACAUUUAAAUUCAACUUUUCUAAGUCAAUUAGAAAAUUAUCUUGUAUCACAUGGUGUAAAACAACGUAAAGCUAAACAUGAAUUACAUUUGUUAUGCCCUCCAUUACUACCGCCGUCGUUAACAUUAACAACGUCAAAAGGAGUGGAAUGUUAUCAAAAUAAUCAAACUACUGAUUCAUCUGUUAGUAGUAAUAGUACUAAUAGUUGUGAUAACAUAGUAUUACCUAUUCAGAGUAUUAAUAACAAUCAACCGUUGAUUUCAGUAAAUUCUUUCGAGGUAACACCAUCGAAAUCAUCAACAUUUACUACUACUAAUACACAAAGUACACGAUAUGAUACAACACUUAGUGCUAUGCAAGCCAUUAGUGCUGGUACCACUCCAUUUAUUCGUCUUUCUAAAGAAACAUGUCAAUCAAUUGAUCAAAUUCAUGAUAAAACAACAUUUUGGUUCAAUGAUGAAAAUACUAUUAUUCCAGAAAAUUUAAAAACUCGUUUAAAUCGUAUGCUUGUAAAUACUACUGACAAAUCUACUAAUAUUGGUCGUUUAGGUGAAUUAUAUAUUUAUCAUACAUUCAUUGAUUAUAUUCAUCGUAUACAAAUUCAUCAUAAUAAUUUUGAUGAAAUGACUAGUUGUGAAUUUCCUACUGGGCAUCCUUUACUUGGUAUUGGACGAUUAAUUCGAUGUAAUUGGUGUAAUUCCGAUGUGGAAUCAAUGAAACCAUAUGAUCUUGAGGUGGAUGUUCAAGUUGAAUGUGAUGCGAACAAGUGGGACAAAUUAAUUGAAAACUUAAAGGAUGAAAUAACUAACAAUAUUGUUCGAAUUAUUCGUAGACCUUCACAACAACAAGAUAGUACAUCAUCUGAAACAUCAGGUUUGUUAUCUGUUGGUCCUAUAUUCAUUGAAGUUAAAUCAACAAUGGAUUCGACUAAUCUACAUAGUAAUAAUAGUGAAACAAAUUUAACUUCUGGAACUGAUCUUUUUGAAUUUUCAUUACCGGAAAUUUUGUGUGCUUCACAACAAGGUUGGCGUUAUCAUUUACUACGUGUAAUAUGGAAGAAUGAUUACAGUCAAGAUUUCUGCCAAAUGCGUAUCGCUUCUGCCCCGAAAGUUAUUCACAUUCCAGAUUUGUCAAAUGUACUCAGACAGAAAUCAGUGAAUAUACGUUUAUGCUUAGCUUUGUUACGAAGUGAAUGGAUAAAAUGAAUCCCUUGUAAAUUCUCUUCAGUCGUACCCUUUCUAACCUAAUCCAUUGUAAUUAGUCUUGGUUUGCUUUUCAUCGAGUCUUGUUGGUGGAUAAAAAUAAACAGAUAAAAUAUUUUUCCAGUA